AGUUUCCUGUCGAGCACACAGAGGAAACAGAUGACUGUGCUGCUGUGAGGCUGAAAACAAACCGACGACAGGUGAACCGAGCCGAGGCCCGAGCCCGAACAUUAACCCGGCUGCAGGAGCCAGUGUGCGCGGUGAGGGACGUCCCGGAGCCGGCGUGAAUUCAUUUAGCUUCAGACGAGCUGAGCGCCGCAGAUGCAGUGAUGACGUUCAGCUCCACAGACUGAGUCUGCUUCCCGCUCCGAUGACCCGCCUCCACUGACUCCACCUGAGUCCACCUUCUGUUGACCGGUGGGCGGGGCUGGCCCUGCUCAGAGGACGGGAUGGAGAGCCGAUGCAGCAGCAGCGCCGAUUCACGGCUGACCGCCAGGGGGUUGGUGUCCGUCAACGCCACGCCCAUCUGCGCCAGGGUGGAGUCGUACGAAGCCGGGGAGAAGAAGUGCAUCUCUGACGUGAGGAGGACCUUCUGCCUCUUCGUCACCUUUGACCUCUUGUUCAUCACCUUGCUCUGGAUCAUAGAGCUCAAUUUGAAAGGUGGCAUCGAGAAGCAGCUGGACAUCGAAGUCCUGCACUACAACUACCGCGACUCCUUCUUCGACAUCUUUCUCCUGGCUGUUUUCAGGUUCGCCACGCUCAUCCUGGCGUAUGCCGUCUGUAAGCUCCGACACUGGUGGGCCAUCGCGAUCACCACCGCCGUCAGCUGUGCGUUCUUGAUCGUUAAAGUCAUUUUAUCAAAGCUGCUCUCUCAAGGGGCCUUCGGGUACCUGCUGCCCAUCAUCUCCUUCGUGUUGGCCUGGAUAGAAACGUGGCUGCUCGACUUCAAGGUUCUGCCUCAGGAGAACGAAGACGAAAACAGAUAUCUGUCCAUCGUGGGCGCCUCAGAGCGAGCUCCUCUCAUGGGUCCAGGUCCUUUAUCUGACGGACAGUUCUACUCUCCGCCGGAGUCUGUGGCAGACUCUGAUGAAGAACUGGAUGAUAAACAUGAUCCAGAGAAAGGGCUCAUCCAGCAGGUGACCUAACAGGAUCUCUGGAGGUGGAGAAGUGUUUCUCCUGCUCCUGUCGUGCUACUGAGGGGGAAAAAAUAAAUUCUGCCUUACACAUUCUGCCAUUUUAGUUUUUUUAAGUCUUUGUACAUUUAAACCCAUGAAUGCACACCUCAGUUUUCUGAUAUCGGUCUUCUGCAUGUACACUGGGACGGGGAAAUAAGUCCAGCUGCUUGAAAAGCGACGUCAGGAUCACAACUUUUUUUUUUUCUGCACAUUUAAGGGAGGAGAAUUAACUCAUAUUAACAGAUGUUUAUACACAAAAUUGCACUUUGUGUCCCGAGACUAAACUUCUAAAUCUACUGCAGAAUCAGAUCACAAGACAAACAGUUAAUUUCAUGUCUUUGGUAUGAAUGUCUGAGAUUUGUUUACUUUUAAUCAGUCGAUCACUUCCUCCUGCUCGGUCACUGUAAAGGAAAUGAAGGAUUUAUUUGGCCAGUAUUGAGCUUACGGACCAUGUGAGUAGUACUGACUACGCCUCGGUCUUAAAAAGCAGCCAGACUUCUUGCACAGAUGAAGAUUUGAAGAGUAGCGUCUGCUCCUGGAAGUAUUAUUUUACUUUAAAGACAUAAAUGAGCCAUAAGUCUGCAUUGAACAUGAAGGUCGGGCCGCACUGUAUGAACUGAAAACAAAAAAAAACUUAAAAAAAAGCUGCUGUUAAACAUACAUGUACAUAUCUUCAUGCAUGCCCUGCGAGCCCGGUGGUUUUGUUUUUAUGAAAAGCUUGUCUGUAAAAUAGAAUCAUUAAAAUGUGAAAUCUUC